CCCGCCGCCGCCAGGUUGUGCCUGAGACUGUCAGAUAAAGCGGCGGGCCGGCGGGCGGGGAGGCGGUGAGCACGGCCCGGGCCGGACAUGGCGGCGCUCUACGCCUGCACCAAGUGCCACCAGCGCUUCCCCUUCGAGGCGCUGUCUCAGGGGCAGCAGCUGUGCAAGGAAUGCCGGAUUGCUCACCCUGUUGUGAAGUGCACCUACUGCAGGACUGAGUACCAGCAGGAGAGCAAAACCAAUACAAUAUGCAAGAAGUGUGCUCAGAAUGUGCAGUUGUACGGAACGCCUAAACCUUGUCAGUAUUGCAACAUAAUUGCAGCAUUUAUUGGGAAUAAAUGCCAGCGCUGCACGAAUUCAGAGAAGAAGUAUGGCCCCCCGUAUUCCUGUGAGCAGUGCAAGCAGCAGUGUGCAUUUGACAGGAAAGAUGAUCGAAAGAAGGUAGAUGGGAAACUGCUGUGCUGGCUGUGCACACUGUCCUAUAAGCGCGUCCUUCAGAAGACCAAAGAGCAAAGGAAGCACCUGAGCAGCUCUUCUCGAGCCAGCCAUCAGGAGAAGGAGCAGUUCAGCCGCCUGAGUAGUAGUGGCAGCCAUUACAACAGCCAGAAAACACUUUCUACAUCUUCAAUUCAAAAUGAAAUCCCAAAGAAAAAGUCCAAGUUUGAGUCAAUCACAGCUAACGGAGACAGCUUUUCCCCAGACCUGGCUCUGGAUUCCCCAGGCACUGACCACUUUGUCAUCAUUGCCCAGCUGAAGGAAGAGGUGGCCACUCUGAAGAAGAUGCUACAUCAAAAGGACCAGAUGAUCUUAGAGAAAGAGAAGAAGAUUACAGAACUGAAAGCUGAUUUUCAGUACCAGGAGUCUCAGACGCGGGCCAAAAUGAACCAAAUGGAGAAAACCCACAAGGAGGUCACAGAGCAACUGCAGGCCAAAAAUCGAGAGCUUCUGAAGCAGGCAGCUGCUUUGUCCAAGAGCAAGAAGUCUGAGAAGUCAGGCACCAUAACGUCUCCAUGAAGACCACAAGAAGGCUCCCAGCAACCACGGCCCACUCUCGGGGUCAGGCUUGGUGACCUGGCUGUUCUCUGGAAAUUGUGCUUUCUUACAAAAUCUCUAUUUUCUUACUGUUACCCUUCUUUGUGCAAAUGUAGUGGGCUGAGUGGAAACACCUGGUUUAUGCCACAUUAUGGGUGCAUGCUGAGCGUUUGGGGUUUCAGACCUGCUCCGCCGCCUCCUGCUCUUUCUCCUCCGCUCCCCCAUG